GGCAUUUCAGGGGCUGCGGGGGCGGCUGGGAGGCGGAGCGGGGAUGCUGCGGCGUUGCUGCGUUCCUGAUGGCAGCCAUGACAUGCACACAGGUUGUGAGACAUGCACAGGUUGCGGGGGGUCGCCGUUAACUGGGCAACUGUUGAAAGGGGGGAUUAGGUAAACUGAGCCGCGGAAACACUGAGGAAGAAAGGAGGGAGUUGGCGUCGCAGGCCUUGCGAGGUGGGAAAUCCAGAGGACAGUUGGAGUUAGUUGUGUGGUUGAGCAGGAAAGGGGAAGGGACUGUGUGACGGAAUGGGCGGAUGGACUGCACCGGACAAGUGCCGUGGACAAGCCCCGGACGUGAUGUAAUCGUGCUGUAUGUGUAAUGGCGGUGCGGAAGGGGUGACAUAUCUCAGCCGGUGGAGCCGUCUGGCAGAGCAGGAGGAGCACAUGAGCGAAAUUGGGGUUGUUGCUAAAGGGGGAUUGCGGCGUUGUUUGGACGGUUUGGGUGGAGCCGAUGGAGUGACUGAGGAAUGGGGUUGAGGCGUCGGUCUCAGUACGGAUGAGGAAGUUAUGGUUGUAGAAGUCACCGUCUUCAACUGUAAAUGCGGCAAAGAGCUCGGGAAGGCUGUUUGCUGGCCCACUUCUGACAAAAGUGGAUAGGCAACUGAUGCCGGUUGCAACUGGCACCGGUCAUGUUAAUGCCCAUCGUGUGAACUCCUAAUGUCGCGUCAGCGACAGAGUAUGUAGGAAGGCGGAAAGGCGUCGCACACAGAGUAGUAUAAAUAAUAUCAGAAUACAAUUGCUUUUUGGCAACGCUUGUACAAAAUGCUCGCCUGCAAUGCAGCGCAGCUUAGGAACGCUGGGCUGCUUGGCCAAGCAGCACCGGCGUUAGCCCGUGGGCUUUUUCAGAUAGUCCACCAAGGCACAGAGGCUUAUCGCACGAUCCUAGGCCGCAGCCCCAAGAAGCUGAACCCCGGCUUGCACUGGAACAUUCCCAUCCUUCACAACAUUCAGGUCGUCGACAUGCGCGAGGGUCCCAUCAACAUCCGCGAGCUGGACGCCUUUACCAAGGACAACGUUCCAGUCAAUAUCGGGGGCACACUGUUCUACCAGGUCACCGACUCCUACAAGGCAUGCUUCGCCGUGCAGGGAUGCAUCCAGAGCGUCGCCAACCUCGGGACCUCCGCCAUGCGCAGCGUCGUCGGGCUAUUCCAAUACGAUGACAUCAUUUCGGACCGCAACCUGAUUAACUCCAAGCUGCAGCAGGUUGUGGGCGAGCUCAGCAUGCAGUGGGGCGUGACGUGCACCAAGUUUGAAAUUCAAACUUUCAAGCCUUCCAACCAGAACGUUGAGCGACAGCUGGAGCAGCAAAUGGAGGCCGAGCGUGCCCGCCGCAGGCAAAUCCUCGAUACGCAAGCGGCUAUUAACGUUUCGGAGGGGCUUCGCGAUAAGGCCAUCCUCGAGGCCGAGGGCCUCAAGCGCAAAGCCAUCCUUGAGUCGGAGGGCAUCCAGCAAGCGCUGCGCAACCGCGCAGACGCUGAACUCUAUUCGGCUGAGCGGAACACGCAGGCGCUCAAGCUGCAGCUUGAGGAAAUGAAGUCGGCAUUUGGCGGGGACUUGACAGCUGCCGCCAAUUACCUGCUGCGCCUUAAGCAGGUUGAGCAGAUGACUGCGAUCGCGGCUGGCCAGAACAACAGCACAUACUUCCUGAACGGCGGUGUUGGAGGCGGGAGCUCGGCAGGUCUGGGAGGCCAGGGAGGGCUGCUGGAGACGGUGCUGCCGGUGAUCGCGGAGAGCAACAAGCAGACGUCGAAGUGAGGGAAGCAGAGGACAGACGUUACAAUGAGGGAAGCAGAGGACAGACGUUACAGUGAGGGAAGCAGAGGACAGACGUUACAGUGAGGGAAGCAGAGGACAGACGUUACAGUGAGGGAAGCAGAGGACAGACGUUACAGUGAGGGAAGCA